UCUCGAUUAUUUUGACUGAGCGGAAAACGGGAGGGCGCAAACACGUCACUAGCGGCGCCGUAGUACAGCCGCAUCAUGCCACCGUACCACUUGCCACGCGGUGCCGAUACCGGCCAUUCAACAAGGAGCAGCGCAAAACCGUCCGAUGUUGCGGGCGGAAAGACAGCAGCUGCUACAACUCCAACAAAACCGGUCCGUCAAAGCAAAAGGAGGUGUUCAUCGCGUGUGUCCGAGGCGGCCCUCUUACCCUCGAGUUUUGAUUCCAUGAAGAGAGCUGCCGGCCGUUCUCCGGCUUCGGCAGACCUAGACGCGAGUAUCCCUGGCGCUAUGGACGUGGGCCAGAGGGAGAGAGAAGGUUCUCCGGCUCCACCAUUCAAGCGAAGGUACCCACCGACGUCCACGGGUACAGCGGCGUGUGGAGGAGCUGCCAGUGCAAUGACGGGUAAGGGUGCACGCGAGUCGAUCGUUGGCGUGUGCCUGGAGGGCGAGACAAGUGCGUCGAAUCGAACAGCGCUAGGCAUAGUGAUCGUUCCAUACGCGCUAGCUCCAGCUCCCACAUCGCUAACGAGUUCGAGUUCGAGUGGAGUUUCGACUGCUGCUGGACAGAAGAGCGGGAUCGGACGAACUCAGUGCGCAGCGGAGGUCUGCAGCGCUGGCGCUCGUGGCGGGCUACUGGCUCCUGGACGUGGUGCUAACAGCAGCAGCAGUAGUUGUACGCCCACAGUGGGCACAGCAACCACACCUGGUGAAGGCAAUGGUGGAAGAGGGGCGACGGCGGUGGUCUCCACAUCAGAGAGCGCGGCAUCAACGGCAGUGACCUCCACAGAGGCGAGAUUCCGCGACGGUGGUGGCGGUGGCAGUAGCAGUGAUUGUGAUGGCAACGGUGGUGGUGUCGGUGUCGGCGGCGGCACUUCAACAUUCUCGGUGGCUGAUCUGCGACGCGCUAUCGUCAAGCAGCUACCGUCGGUUCCUGCUCGCGUUCAGUUUCUGACUCGGCAAGGGUGGCCCAUCACCGCUGAACAAGAGGGCAUAGUCCCUAUCGAAGCUGUGCUCACGCAAGAUGGCCAUGUUCGCCUGAGGAGCUCUCCGACUGAACUUCAGCGGAUUGGCAUCAUCAUGGAGAACAAUGGCGGCGCUGCCUUGGGUUACGUGGAGACUUCGUACUGGGGAACAAUUCGGGAGCUGCGCAGUGUCAUCUUUGACCAUCUGGGCAACUCCUCUGGGCUGCUGGACAGCGGCUUCACAUUCGUGGACGGAAAUGGUUGGCCGAUUACCAGCAGUCAGGAGAGCGGCCUACUCGUGGUCAACCUGCUGCGAGACGGCAGCGUGCGCAUUCGUACGUUUGCACCGCCUUUGGACUCGACUUUGAAUUCGACGUUGGAUUCGAUGUCCUCGCACGCCGAGAAGAAUACAUCACCAGCAGUGGGUGCGAAAUCUCCCGCGGUGGAAUAUGUUCCAUCGUCAUCGUCGCCGCAGACGAGCUUGUCGAGUAUGUCGCCAGCUAAGAGCUCAUCAGUUCCAUCGUGGCCUGAACCGUCAUUACGUCCCUGGAAGUUCAAUCCUGCUGCAUCACAUAAAGUGCUGGGAGAGGAAAAGACUGUGCCAGAAUCCAGUGUUAGCAGUAUGUCUCCAAAACCGCCGACGACAAUGCCGGAUGAUGGCGGACAAAGUCCUGCCACGCCAACCGAGGGUGUGCCAGUAUUGCCACGGACCCGUUCGCAAGCUGCUGGCGAAAUUCUGCCACUGCCAAACGGCUAUAAUGGCCCGCAAUGGCGACGCGCCCGCCGCCCAUCAUCGCCCACACGAUCCUUGCUGUCGCCGCUAGUGCCGGUUCAGCCGCUAGUGCCGGUUCAGCCGCUAGUGCCGGUUCAGCCGCUAGUGCAGCGCGGGAUAUCGUCUCCGGCGCGGCUGAGCGAUCACGGGAGUGGGGACGACUCUUCCGCCGUCAGUUUGACCGACAGCACGGGGCCUCCCGAGCCAACGGUUGGCGGCAAGCACUUCUUCAUUAGCUACGUACGUGCCGAGGGCACACGACAAGCCACGCAGUUGAAGCGUCUGCUGAUAGACCGGGGCUAUUCGGUGUAUUUGGAUGUGUGUGAAAUCAAAGGGGGUCAUGACUGGCAGGACUCCAUCUCUAGGGGCAUCAACGACUGCAGUGUGUUCCUUCCCUUGGUGACUCCGCAGUACGGAGAGACGCGAUGGACGAACCGAGAGGUUAAGCUGGCUGACCGGCUGUCCAAGACAAUCAUCCCCGUCAGUUUCAUCGAAGAAUGGCCGCCUAUGUGCCUAGCUAUUCAGUUUGUGACGCUGCAGUUCAUACCGUGGAAAACUGACUCAGACGACCUGACCAGCAGUCAAGACGAGAUGGAGGUCGCUGCUGGCGAAGUCAUUGAAAAAAUCUUCGAAUUUUACACGCGUGAAGUGCCCAGACCCGCCGCCGGGGUUCCGCUCACGACGCAGACUUCGACGUCGUCUGUUCCCGGCGCGUUGUCUCCAACGCAGCAGCCCUACACCCAGGCAAACCCUCACUACACGCCACAUCCGCCAUCUCUGCAACGGACCACGCCUAUUCUGGUGAAGGCGUCCUCCAUGCCGGCAAAGGACAAAGUUGCGUCUAAGCCGCGCUUUGGUGGCAAGCAGCAGGGAGAUGGAAAGCCGCUGGUUGUGGUAGUUGGCGAGGCGUCGCAGAGCAAACUGGUAAAGGAGAUCACGGCGGCCAUGAAGGAACGCCGCUGGGACACCUGGUCCAUGUGUCCCAAGAUCGCGUUGCAAGCUAACGGCGGAGAUGCCAAGUGUCUCUCGUCGGAGAAGUCUCGCUGGAACCUGUGCCCUCGCGCCCGCCGUCAGCGCUUGCAGCGAGAGCAGGCCAUGAAGUCAUGUGACACGCAGUGCACUGAGUUUGCAGCCAAGGUCGACGUGGCCACGGUCGUUGUCUUCCUGCUGUCCAAGGCAUUCGCUCAGUCCAGCGAAUGCAUGAAACAGCUGUAUUACAGUGAGAGUCGACGUCAGAUCAUACCCGUCAUGUGUGAGGACUUCCCAAUGCCGUCCUGGAUGCAUCAGCUGCUGUCCGAAAGCCCGAUCAAGAAAUCCUGGGAAGACAGCUGCCUUAUCUCCUGGCUACUGAGGAGCGUGCAGGGGUCGAUUGACAAGAGCCGGCUCAUCGAGCAAGCUGUCCCGAUGUGUGCGACCGAAGAGCUGCACAUCAGCGAGAAGGUUGCGCAGACCCGCAAGCAGCUACCAGCCAAUGGACUGCAAGUAUUCAUCGCGGGCAGUGUGGAGUUUCACAGCGGCCUCAGCCCUGGCCUCUGCAGUGCUAUUGGCGCUCUGCUGGCUAAGAUGGAUGAGGUCACGCUCAUCACCGGGGGCUAUGCUGGAGUUGGAUUGAAAGUCGCUGAACACUUCCUGGUGGAACGUGAGAAAUACCGCUUGCCACCCAACACCUACCAUGCUAUUGCCAAGGAGCCCGUAUCGGGCGAGAUCGUGCAACGCCGCGACGCGUCGUAUCGGCCUGCGCGCGGCAGCAAGGAGCUGGUGUGUGGCGCGUGCACCGACAUACAGCAGCGUGUUCUGGCACACCUGGUCGACGUUGUCAUCCUCAUUGAGGGUGGCAGCGGUGCGGCCCACGAGGUGGAGCUGAGCGCGUGGAACGACACCGUGAUCAUUCCCAUCAUGGCGACGGGAGGAGCAGCCGCAGGGGAAUUUCCCGUGCCGCAAGCAGUCUUUGAUUGCCCGGCUAACGCCAGCUUGGCAGACUGGAACAAGCUGAAGGACAGCAAGCUGGGGGCCACCGAGAUCGCCAGGGCCGUCAACUCCAUCGUCCGCUCAACGGCCGUCUCUCUGCGUCACGACAGCUCUUCCGUCAGCAGUGGCAAGGCGGCCGAGAUGGACAGUAGCGGUGGAGGUUCAACGGAGGACAGCCAGGACUUGUUCAGCUCGUAUCCGCCAACGCAGCCCAUGUAACUGUAGCACUUUUAGGAGAACAGCGAGCGGCGGCGAUUCCGAGCAUCUCCCAGGUGUGUGUGUGUGUGUGUGUGUGUGUGUGUGUGUGUGUGUGUG